GAAACAGUGUUUGAACCAAAAUCUUAUCCUAAGUUAUAGAAGAACCCUAAGUGACUAACUAUAGAUUGGAAGAUUGGAUUCACGCAGUUCAUGCAGCCUGUACCUAACCUUUCCCUCAUGAUCAAUAAACAACAACCAACAGCAUGGGAGUUGGUGAAGUGACCAUAGGAGUGAUCGUUUUAUCAGAGAUUCUGGUUGGUGUCCUGGGCAACUCCCUCUUAGUCUACCAUCAUCUGCCAUUUUACUUCAUGGUGAGCAGGAUAAGGUUCACAGAAUGGAUUCUACAGCAUUUGAUUGUAGCCAACUUCUUAACACUCAUGUGUAAAGGAGUUCCUGAAACACUGUCAGCUUUUGGUUUGAAAGACUUCCUUGAUGAUUUUGGGUGCAAGCUUCUUUUCUAUCUUCACAGAAUAGGGAGGGGUGUGUCCAUCAGCAGCACCAGCUUCCUGGGCAUGUUUCAGGCCAUCACCAUCAGCCCUAAGUGUCUCAGAUGGACAAAGGUUAAAGUCAAGUCCCCAAGUUUCAUUGCUUCUUGUGUGUACCUGAGCUGGAUCCUGUCCUUCAUAGCAAACAUUGGUAUUCCUAUGAACAUGACUGCAAGAUGGAGUCAAAGAAACAUGACACGUCUAAAAGAGUAUGGAUAUUGCUCUGCUAUUUAUGUUGACAAAACUAGUGACAUCCUCUAUGGAGUGUUACUCGCAGGUCCUGAUGUCUUGUUCAUGGGCCUGAUGCUGUGGUCCAGCAGUUCCAUGGUUUACAUCCUCUACAGACAUAAGCAGAGAACGAGAUAUAUUCAUAGGAGCCAAUUUUCCCUCAGAUCCUCCCCCGAGACCAAAGCCACAAGGACCAUUCUGCUCUUGGUGAGCACCUUUGUCUGCUUUUACACAAUUUCUUCCCUCUUGCAGACUAGAUUGGCUCUUUAUGAUCCAGACUGGCUCCUGGUGAAAAUGGCUACAAUUGUCUCUGGAUGUUUCCCAACUGUGAGUCCCUUUCUCCUGAUGAACCAUGACUCCAAUGAAAACCCAUUCUGCUUUGCUUGUGCAAGGAAUAAACAGUAG